ACAAACACAAGUUUCAGGAAAGGUUUCGCCAUGCUGUGGAAGCACCUUGCCGCCUCCCUGAGAGAGGAUAUGCUGCCCUCAGAAGAGAACGUCCUGCGCCUGAUUCGAGAUAGCAAUGAAUGGCCGCCACACUGUCGUAAUUAUAUUGAAGCAGGG